AUGGCGUCGUUUGACGGAAAAAAGCCGACCUCUCGACGACCGAGGGAGGCGGAAGACGACGAGCAGGCUUCUGGAGACAUUCUUUCCGGCACAUCGCCCCGUUCAAUGCGCAGCUCAGACAGUCUAAUGUGCUAUUUUUCGCCAAGUAUGCACACUACUCACUUCACUUAUCAGUCGGCGCCCACUUACACCCUCCACGGAUAUGUUUUCUCCCUCUCCGGCGCAUACAUUUCCUUCGGCCCGACAUCAGGACCCCACGACUCGGGCCGGCUGAGAUUGAGUCUUCGGCGCAAGGGUCUACAGUUCUCGCACGUUUCGCACUUUUCGCACUUCUCGCACUUCUCUCACUUCUCGCAGUUGUCCAGACCAGGCCAGGCAGGGGGCGGCAGCAUCUGGAAAGUCUUUUUUGCCACUUUCUGUCUGUCGACGAAGAAGAGCUGA